AUGUUACUACUGUCAACUUCUUUAUUUUAUAUUCAUUUAAUUAAUUUUUCAAAAUUUGAAUAUGUGCUCUACCAAACCUGAAAGUGUAAAGACAAAUUAAUAAAUUCAAGCUAUGAUAUCGUUUCACUCAGUUGUUUGCAAACAUUCUUGCAGAGCGGUUCUGGAAUCACUUGCUGAACACAAAUAUAUACCAAGUACACCUAGUAUAUCAGACGAUAUACUUUAAAAGAGAUCCUUAAGCCAUGAAUCGAGCUAGCAUUUACUUUUUGAAUGAAGGAGAGCCAAAUACAUAUGAUUUUGAUGAAACCUUGCCGCCACUGCCAUUGCCAGAACUCCAUGAUACGCUAGUACGCUACUAUGAAUCCAUUAAACCUUUUGGCUCGCCAAGUGAGCUAGCGAAUUCCAUGAAUGUUAUAGAAACAUUUGAAUCUGGUGUUGGUGCAGAAUUACAAGAAAAAUUAGUAAAACAUGCUGCGACUAGAAAGAACUGGGUUGACGAAUGGUGGGAUAAAUAUGCCUAUCAUAUGUUACGACUGCCACUUAAUCCAUAUAUAGUAAUGGCUAUGCCAGUAAAAUUAGAAGUUAUAAAUAUACCAGAAACACCUGCCCUUCUGCUCAAGAAUUUAUCGCGAUUGAUGUAUCAUACACUUGAAUUUUGGGAUUUGGCUCGUAAAGCCUUGAUCAAACCCCUUUCAUCCAAUGGAGGCACAGUUAAAUAUUCAUCGGCAUUAUAUAAAAGAUUUUUCUCAACAACUCGAGCACCAGGCACUGAAUAUGAUUAUAUAAAGAACUUCUUCAAAACAGUUAAAGAAGGUCCAACACCCUCUCAUGCUGUUAUUUCUGGAAAAGGACGUAUAUUCGUAUUUGAUUGCCUUCAUACUGAUGGCACGUUAAUUACUCCGCAGGAAAUUCUUAUCGUAUUACAAAGAGUUCGAACAAUUUUAGAUUAUGAGCCAAUUGGGGAUUGUGUACCAAUUCUUACACAUGGUGAUCGGACUACUUGGGCAAAUAAUUAUUUACGACUUCAAGAAAUUUCGGAGAAAAAUAGGGAAACUAUAAGGAUUAUAGAAAGUUCUUCAAUCGUCAUUGCAUUUGAUGAAAAUGAGCCACAAAGUUAUGAAGAAAUUUCGCUUUUUUGUGUUAAUGGCGAUUAUCAUUCAAAGUGGGGAGAUAGGAGCAGCACCAUAAUUGCUUAUAAAAAUGGACGAUUCGCAUGUGUUGGGGAGCAUUCUGCUUAUGAUGGUACAAUCAGCGUGAGCUAUGCACUUUUCGUACAACUAAGUAUGUAUGAAACUCCAGAACCAGAUUGGAGUUCAACCGACACCAGCAAGGUUGUUGCACUCAAGGAAUUAAAGUUUGACCUGGACGUUGAACUUCAGAAAGAGAUAGAGCGUACAAAAGUAGAGUGUGAUCGAAGGAGAAAUGAUGUUAUUGUUACUCAUGACUCUUUCAACGAAUAUGGAAAAGAUGUUAUCAAAACAUGGAAUUUACAUCCAGACUCUUUUGUUCAAGUUAUUAUGCAGUUAGCAUAUGCGGAAUUACAUAAAGAGAUCGCUUCCACAUAUGAAACUGCCUUAAUGCGUCAUUUUUAUAAUGGAAGAACGGAAACUUUACGAUCUUGUUCAAGCGAAGUAUACAAGUUUAUUCAAAUUGCGAGAGAAUCGAAAUCUUCCACUUCAGAAAUAGUUACCUCAUUUCGAAAUGCUGUUAAUCAUCACAAUCACAUGAUGAAUGAAGCUCGAAAGGGGCAUGGUGUGGAUCGACACCUUUUCGGGCUGUGGUGUAUAGCACACGAAAAUCAAAUAGAUGUGGCGGAGUUUUUUGAUGACCCUUUAUAUAUUAAAAGUGGUGGUGGCGGAAACUUUAUUCUAUCCACAAGCACAUUAGGCUACUCCACCAAUGUUGGAUUUGUAGCUCCUAUGACGUUAGAUGGAUAUGGUGUUUUCUACACAAUAACUUCAGACACAAUUUAUAUCCAAAUCACAGCAUUCCGUGAUAGCAUCAAAACCAGUGCACACAAGUUUAACGAAACAUUUCAGCGACAGUUUUUGAAAAUUAAACGUAUUAUGGAGGCUGUAAAUAAUUCUAAGUUAUAA